GCGGGCGGGCGGGGCGGCGGGCCGCGGGGUGAGCGCCGCGCUCCGCGCUCCUGCCCGCGGCUCCCUCUCGCCGCCUCUGCAGAAACAGCUCCUGCCAGAGCGGCGCGCGGCGCGGCCCGGAGCGGCGGCGCCUUCCUGCCUCCUCGCCCUCGGGACUCGCCGGACCUUCGGGCAGAGAAAGCGGAGCCGGGCCGGGGAAGACGCGCCGACUGCGGGCGGAGACGGUUCGGGCCGGAGGCCGGCGGGCCCUCCCCCUGCCCUGGGGUCCGCGCGCCCCUCUCCCCUUCCGCCUCCUCUCGCUCUGCCUCCCGAUUUAUUUUCUCAAAUGCUGUGGCCGCCAGAGGUGCGGCGCUGAAUUCUUGAAAGGGGCCCGGAUGUGCUGAGGAUGCGUUACAGCCCCGCUGAAGGAGGCAGGAGUGGAAAGGAGCGGUUUCUGGUGUUUGAUGCAAUGAUGGGGAUCAGGUAAUCGUCAGAGGUAAAGAAGAGCUGCUGCAGACCCACGGCUUCCUCGAUUCUGCACGAGAACCACCGGCCGGGAGCAGGGAUCAGGGCAGACCCGCUCGGGGGUGUUUGACAUUUCCUCCUCUUCGUGGCUUCUUCUCCUGCUCACACGAUUCUUGGUCCAUGGUCAAUGAAAACACGAGGAUGUACAUUCCGGAGGAGAACCACCAAGGUCCCAGCUAUGGGAGCCCGCGCCCGGCUCAUGCCAACAUGAACGCCAACGCGGCCGCAGGGCUGGCGCCCGAGCACAUCCCCACGCCAGGGGCCGCCCUGUCCUGGCAGGCCGCCAUCGACGCGGCCCGGCAGGCCAAGCUGAUGGGCAGUGCUGGCAACGCGACCAUCUCCACGGUCAGCUCCACGCAGCGGAAGCGGCAGCAGUACGGGAAGCCCAAGAAGCAGGGCAGCACGACGGCCACCCGCCCGCCCCGCGCCCUGCUCUGCCUGACCCUAAAGAACCCCAUCCGGAGGGCCUGCAUCAGCAUCGUCGAGUGGAAGCCAUUUGAAAUCAUUAUUUUACUGACUAUUUUUGCCAAUUGUGUGGCCUUAGCGAUCUAUAUUCCCUUCCCAGAGGACGACUCCAACGCCACGAAUUCCAACCUGGAGCGAGUGGAGUAUCUCUUUCUCAUCAUUUUUACUGUGGAAGCAUUUUUAAAAGUCAUAGCCUACGGACUCCUCUUUCACCCCAACGCUUACCUCCGCAAUGGCUGGAACUUACUAGACUUUAUCAUCGUGGUUGUCGGGCUUUUCAGCGCGAUCUUAGAGCAAGCGACCAAAGCCGAUGGGGCCAAUGCCCUGGGAGGGAAGGGUGCUGGAUUCGACGUGAAGGCACUGAGGGCGUUCCGUGUGCUGCGGCCCCUGCGGUUGGUGUCCGGGGUCCCGAGUCUCCAGGUGGUCCUGAAUUCCAUCAUCAAGGCCAUGGUGCCCCUGCUGCACAUCGCCCUGCUCGUGCUGUUCGUCAUCAUCAUCUAUGCCAUCAUCGGCCUGGAGCUCUUCAUGGGCAAGAUGCAUAAGACCUGCUACAACCAGGAGGGCAUUGCAGAUGUCCCAGCAGAAGACGACCCCUCGCCCUGUGCCCUGGAGACAGGUCACGGGCGGCAGUGCCAGAAUGGCACGGUGUGCAAACCAGGCUGGGAUGGGCCCAAGCACGGCAUCACCAAUUUCGACAACUUCGCCUUCGCCAUGCUGACUGUGUUCCAGUGCAUCACCAUGGAGGGCUGGACCGAUGUCCUCUACUGGGUCAAUGAUGCCGUGGGAAGGGACUGGCCCUGGAUCUAUUUUGUCACAUUAAUCAUCAUAGGUUCAUUCUUUGUUCUUAACUUGGUUCUCGGUGUCCUUAGCGGAGAGUUCUCCAAAGAGCGAGAGAAGGCCAAGGCCCGGGGAGACUUCCAGAAGCUGCGAGAGAAGCAGCAGCUGGAGGAGGACCUGAAGGGCUACCUGGACUGGAUCACACAGGCCGAGGACAUCGACCCCGAGAAUGAGGACGAGGGCCUGGAUGAGGAGAAACCCCGAAACAUGAGCAUGCCCACCAGUGAGACCGAGUCUGUCAACACCGAAAACGUGGCUGGAGGGGACAUCGAGGGAGAGAGCUGCGGGGCCAGGCUGGCCCACCGGAUCUCCAAGUCGAAGUUCAGCCGCUAUUGGCGCCGGUGGAAUCGGUUCUGCAGGAGGAAGUGCCGCGCGGCCGUGAAGUCCAGCAUCUUCUACUGGCUGGUCAUCUUCCUGGUUUUCCUCAACACACUCACCAUCGCCUCCGAGCACUACAACCAGCCCCACUGGCUCACGGAAGUCCAAGACACGGCCAACAAGGCGCUGCUGGCCCUGUUCACGGCGGAGAUGCUGCUCAAGAUGUACAGCCUGGGCCUGCAGGCCUACUUCGUGUCACUCUUCAACCGCUUCGACUGCUUCAUCGUGUGCGGCGGCAUCCUGGAGACCAUCCUGGUGGAGACCAAGAUCAUGUCGCCGUUGGGCAUCUCCGUGCUGCGCUGCGUGCGCCUCCUGCGGAUAUUUAAGAUCACAAGGUACUGGAACUCCCUGAGCAACCUGGUGGCAUCCCUGCUGAACUCAGUGCGCUCCAUUGCCUCGCUGCUGCUGCUGCUCUUCCUCUUCAUCAUCAUCUUCUCCCUCCUGGGGAUGCAGCUCUUUGGGGGGAAGUUCAACUUUGAUGAGAUGCAGACCCGGAGGAGCACCUUCGACAACUUCCCACAGUCCCUCCUCACCGUGUUUCAGAUCCUGACCGGGGAGGACUGGAAUUCGGUGAUGUAUGAUGGGAUCAUGGCUUAUGGCGGCCCCUCUUUUCCAGGGAUGUUAGUCUGUAUUUACUUCAUCAUCCUCUUCAUCUGUGGAAAUUAUAUCCUACUGAACGUGUUCUUGGCCAUUGCCGUGGACAACCUGGCUGACGCCGAGAGCCUCACGUCUGCCCAGAAGGAGGAGGAAGAGGAGAAGGAGAGGAAGAAGCUAGCCAGGACCGCCAGCCCAGAGAAGAAGCAAGAGGUGGUAGAGAAGCAGGCCGUGGAGGAGACCAAGGAGGAGAAAAUUGAGCUGAAAUCCAUCACAGCGGAUGGAGAGUCCCCACCCGCCACCAAGAUCAACAUGGAUGACCUCCAGCCCAACGAGAAUGAGGACAAGAGUUCCUACCCCAACCAGGAAACCACAGGAGAAGAGGACGAGGAGGAGCCCGAGAUGCCCGUGGGCCCCCGCCCGCGCCCCCUCUCUGAGCUGCACCUGAAGGAGAAGGCAGUGCCCAUGCCGGAAGCCAGCGCCUUCUUCAUCUUCAGUCCCAGCAACAGGUUCCGCCUCCAGUGCCAUCGCAUCGUCAAUGACUCCAUCUUCACCAACCUGAUUCUCUUCUUCAUCCUGCUCAGCAGCAUCUCCCUGGCCGCCGAGGACCCCGUGCAGCACACCUCCUUCAGGAACCACAUUCUGUUUUAUUUUGACAUUGUUUUCACUACCAUUUUCACCAUUGAGAUUGCCCUGAAGAUGACGGCCUACGGGGCCUUCCUGCACAAGGGCUCCUUCUGCCGCAACUACUUCAACAUCCUGGACCUGCUGGUGGUCAGCGUGUCCCUCAUCUCCUUCGGCAUCCAGUCCAGUGCCAUCAAUGUGGUGAAGAUCCUGCGAGUCCUGAGGGUGCUCCGGCCACUGAGGGCCAUCAACAGGGCCAAGGGGCUGAAGCACGUCGUGCAGUGCGUGUUCGUGGCCAUCCGCACCAUCGGGAACAUUGUGAUCGUCACCACGCUGCUCCAGUUCAUGUUCGCCUGCAUUGGGGUCCAGCUCUUCAAGGGAAAGCUCUACACCUGUUCGGACAGUUCCAAACAGACAGAGGCUGAAUGCAAGGGGAACUACAUCACAUACAAGGAUGGGGAGGUGGACCACCCCAUCAUCCAGCCCCGCAGCUGGGAGAACAGCAAGUUCGACUUUGACAAUGUCCUGGCAGCCAUGAUGGCCCUGUUCACCGUCUCCACCUUCGAGGGAUGGCCAGAGUUGCUGUACCGCUCCAUCGACUCUCACACGGAGGACAAGGGUCCCAUAUACAACUACCGCGUGGAGAUCUCCGUCUUCUUCAUCAUCUACAUCAUCAUCAUUGCCUUCUUCAUGAUGAACAUCUUCGUGGGUUUCGUCAUCGUCACCUUCCAGGAGCAGGGGGAGCAAGAAUACAAGAACUGCGAGCUGGACAAGAACCAGCGGCAGUGUGUGGAGUAUGCACUCAAGGCCCGGCCCCUGCGGAGGUACAUCCCGAAAAACCAGCACCAGUACAAAGUGUGGUACGUGGUCAACUCCACCUACUUCGAGUACCUGAUGUUCGUUCUCAUUCUGCUCAACACCAUCUGCCUGGCCAUGCAGCACUACGGUCAGAGCUGUCUGUUCAAAAUCGCCAUGAACAUCCUCAACAUGCUCUUCACCGGCCUCUUCACAGUGGAGAUGGUCCUGAAGCUCAUCGCCUUCAAGCCCAAGGGCUACUUUAGUGACCCCUGGAAUGUCUUUGACUUCCUGAUCGUAAUUGGCAGCGUAAUUGACGUCAUUCUCAGUGAGACGAAUCACUAUUUCUGUGAUGCAUGGAACACAUUUGACGCCUUGAUUGUUGUGGGUAGCAUUGUUGAUAUAGCCAUCACCGAGGUAAACCCAGCUGAACAUACCCAAUGCUCUCCCUUUAUGAACGCGGAAGAGAACUCUCGCAUCUCCAUCACCUUCUUCCGCCUCUUCCGGGUCAUGCGUCUGGUCAAGCUGCUGAGCCGCGGGGAGGGCAUCCGGACACUGCUGUGGACCUUCAUCAAGUCCUUCCAGGCCCUACCCUAUGUGGCCCUCCUGAUCGUGAUGCUGUUUUUCAUCUACGCCGUGAUCGGGAUGCAGGUGUUUGGCAAAAUUGCCCUGAAUGACACGACAGAGAUCAACAGGAACAACAACUUCCAGACCUUCCCCCAGGCCGUGCUGCUCCUCUUCAGGUGCGCCACUGGGGAGGCCUGGCAGGACAUCAUGCUGGCCUGCAUGCCUGGCAAGAAAUGCGCCCCCGAGUCAGAGCCGGGCAACAGCACAGAGGGGGAGACGCCCUGUGGCAGCAGCUUUGCCGUCUUCUACUUCAUCAGCUUCUACAUGCUCUGCGCCUUCCUGAUCAUCAACCUCUUCGUAGCCGUCAUCAUGGACAACUUUGACUACCUGACGAGGGACUGGUCCAUCCUGGGUCCCCACCACCUGGAUGAAUUUAAGAGAAUUUGGGCAGAGUAUGACCCUGAAGCCAAGGGACGCAUCAAACACCUGGAUGUGGUGACCCUGCUGCGACGGAUUCAGCCCCCCCUGGGUUUUGGGAAGCUGUGCCCUCACCGCGUGGCUUGCAAACGCCUGGUUUCCAUGAACAUGCCCCUGAACAGCGACGGGACCGUCAUGUUCAAUGCCACGCUGUUUGCCCUGGUCCGUACGGCCCUGAGAAUCAAGACGGAAGGGAACCUGGAACAGGCCAAUGAGGAGCUGCGGGCCAUCAUCAAGAAGAUCUGGAAACGGACCAGCAUGAAGCUGCUGGACCAAGUGGUGCCGCCCGCAGGAGAUGACGAGGUCACGGUGGGCAAGUUUUACGCUACUUUCCUGAUCCAGGAGUAUUUCCGGAAGUUCAAGAAGCGCAAAGAGCAAGGCCUGGUGGGCAAGCCCUCCCAGAGGAACGCCCUAUCCCUGCAGGCUGGCCUGCGCACCCUGCACGACCUGGGGCCCGAGAUCCGCCGGGCCAUCUCUGGGGACCUGACCGCCGAGGAGGAGCUGGACAAGGCCAUGAAGGAGGCUGUGUCUGCAGCCUCAGAAGAUGACAUCUUCAGGAGAGCUGGCGGCCUGUUCGGCAACCACGUGGGCUACUACCCGAGUGACGGCCGGGGCGCCUUCCCCCAGACCUUCACCACCCAGCGCCCCCUGCACAUCAGCAAGGCAGGCAACAGCCAGGGGGACACCGAGUCCCCCUCCCACGAGAAGCUGGUGGACUCCACCUUCACCCCCAGCAGCUACUCAUCCACAGGCUCCAACGCCAACAUCAACAACGCCAACAACACCGCCCUGGGCCGCUGCCCCCGCCCCGCUCUCCACUCCGGUGCUGUCAGCACCUUGGAGGCCCACGGGCCCCCCUUGUCCCCUGCCAUCCGGGUGCAGGAGGCCGCGUGGAGGCACAGCUCCCAGAGGUGCCCCUCCCGGGACAGCCCGAUAGCCAUGCUGUGUCAGGAAGAGUCCCCUGGGGACGAGACCUGUGCCGUGCACGUGGAUGAGAAUGCAGAGCGCAGCAGCGAGCCCAGCCUGGUCUCCACGGAGAUGCUCUCCUACCAGGAUGACGAGAAUCGGCAGCUGACUCCCCCCGAGGAGGACAGGAGGGACAUCCGUCUGUCCCCAAAGAGGGGCUUCCUGCGCUCCGCCUCCCUAGGUCGGAGGGCCUCCUUCCACCUUGAAUGUCUGAAGCGACAGAAGAACCCUGGGGGAGACGUCUCUCAGAAGACAGUCCUGCCUUUGCAUCUGGUUCACCAUCAGGCGCUGGCAGUGGCGGGCCUGAGCCCCCUCCUGCAGAGAAGCCAUCCUCCCGGGACCCUCCCCCCACCACGCCUCACACCCCCCGCCACACCUGGCCCAGCCUGGCCUCCGCGGCCUGUGCCCACCCUGCGGCUGGAGGGGGCUGAGUCCAGCGACAAGCUCACCAGCAGCUUCCCAUCCAUCCACUGCGACCCCCACGUCGGGGAGCCCACACCCUGCGGGGUUGUUGGCACCCCCCGGAGGGCCCGGCCCGUGUCACUCACUGUGCCCAGCCCGGCAGGGCCCCAGGGCCGUCCGUUCCAUGGCAGUGCCAGCAGCCUGGUGGAGGCGGUCUUGAUCUCGGAAGGAUUGGGGCAGUUUGCUCAGGACCCCAGGUUCCUCGAGGCCACCACGCAGGAGCUGGCCGACGCCUGCGACAUGACCAUCGAGGAGAUGGAGAGCGCAGCCGAUGACAUCCUCAGCGGGGGUGCCGGGCAGAGCCCCAACGGCACCCUGCUCCCGUGUGCAAACUGCAGGGACCCGGGGCCGGACCGAGCGGGGGGCGUGGAGGACGCAGCCUGGGCGCCCAGCGCCGAGCCCCGCCAGGGCGCAGAGGAGCCCCGGGACAGCAGGGCCUUCGCCAGCGGCCUGUAGCAGCCGGGCCGGAGACGCCGGCUUUUUAUUUGUCUCAAUGUUCCUAAUGGGUUCGUUUCAGAAGUGCCUCACUGUUCUCGCGGCCUGGAGUUAACCGGAACAGCGUCUUCAUUCAUUUCGUGGGGACAAGACCAAGUCGGUGGCCAGGAGAGGAGCAGCCGCAGUCCGUGUCCGGCGGGGGGCGGUGGGGGCGGGGGCGCGGGCACCAGGGAGGGGUCCACCUUGGCUCCCCAGCCCUCACCCAAAGGACCCUAUGCUAAACGGGUGUCUUUCAACUUUGCUUGUAAAAAACUCAUUUUGCACAUAUUCUGUAUGAGCCUCACUGUCCCCAUAGAGCCAGGGCCCUGUGCGUCCACAGAAGGAAAGAGGACCCGGCCCCCCCUGGGGAGGAGGAGGCCGGCCAUGGCCACCCACGCUACCUGUGUCUGGACCCUUCCUGCCAGGCCACAGUCGCGGGGCCAGGGGAGCGGGCAUGCCCGCCGGGACAAGACCAGUGGUGACUGUCCAGUGCGCUUUUGUUUUGGGGUUUGACAUUUUUCUUGACAGCAUGUUGUAGUUUUCAUUUGGGUUUUUUUUUUUUAAUAUAUAAUUUUGUUUUCCCAGGGGGAGGGGAGAAAGAAGAGUGUUUACAAAGUUUUGCAGCCACGCACCUUACUGUCUUCACUUUUGCAAAUGUAGAUUGGAUUUGGUUUUGUUGUGUUAUUUAGCGGUCGGUUUCUUUUUCUACGGAGGAUUCAGCUGAGCCGCCGUAGGAGGGUUUUGUCAGCCAUCAUGUACACCCAAUAAUUUGUUAUAAUUUCCGCAGGUAGUGACAAGAUUUUUUUGGUUUGGUUUCCUAAUUUAAAGGUGUAGGGUCUUGCACAAGCGUGUAUAGUAGUGGGUGCCCGGGGUCUCCGAGUGUGUGUGCCGUGUGUGCGGCGGGUGGUGUGUGUGUGGUGGGGGCCAGUCUGCAGCCGCCAGGCCUCCCACAGGUCCCCUUCAGGCUCAGCCGUAGGGAGGUCUGAAUCUGGGGCCGUUUGAAAGCAAAAACAAACCACUGUCUCCGCUUCUGAAACGGGAAUCAGUAACUGCAUUUUCUGUCCCACAAGAUAUGCAAAAACAAUGCAAUAAUAUUCAUUUUAAAAAUACAAUUGUGAGUUGUGUUGGCAUUAAAACUGUAUUUAAAAAAACCACACAGAAAUUUAAGGGAGAAACUCAGAAGGCUUUUCGCUUCGAUUUGUUCUAUGUAACGUUUCACUGCGUUGAUGGUGUUUCUGCUGAAGAGACCGUUAUACUUGAAUUCAGGUCAGUCUCAGUAUUUUACAAAUAUUUUUUUAAAACUGAAUUGCAAUUGUGCCAAGCGAAUAUAAUGAAUUAAGUUUGUUUUUGAAUUCACUUCUUGUAUAUUUGCUGCAUGUAAGUAAAUCAUUUUGUAUUUGGAGUGUGACAAGCCUUACCUUUGAGCUCUUAAGUGCUUUUCUACAUGUGGCUGGGAAAUGGGACGGCUCUUCUUCUCGCUUGUGUGACGAGUGCCGGCACCACCCGUAUGGGUCCCACGCAGGCUUGGGCAUCGCUGUUUUGCAUAUCUUGUGUUCGCUUCUGUUUGCCUCCACUUUCCCGAGCCUGGGUGUGGAUGUAUCCGUAUCUUGCUUUGAGAGACCAGGACUCAUCUAUUCCACCCUCACUCUGUCCGCUCUGCCCCGGUUCUUGGAUUUGGGAUUUCUCCGGGGACAGCCCCGCACCGUGAGGGGUCAUGGGGUGCCCUGACCAGCCUCUUCCAUCACAGGCAGGCACAGGGCCCCCUCCCCCAGGAGAGGUGGCUCACCUCACUGCUAGGCAUCCCCCAGCACAAGCGUUCCUUAGGAAUGUGUCCACUGACCAGGAGGGUGGAGGAGAGGGAGUCCUCGGCUGGAGCCAAGUAGCAGGUGACAUCUCGUCCAUCCAAAGUCAAGGGCAUCCGACUCACUUCUCCACCUUCAGGGGUCUCCUCCAGAGUCUGCCAUCAUGGUGUGGCAGCCACGGAGGGAGCAGGAUUGGGGGGGGUGCGUGGGGAGCUGGCGGUGAGGAUGGGACUGGAGGCACUGGGGGGCAUCUCUGUUGGGUGCUGAAUCCUCAAGGAGAUUCCAGCAGUGAGCAUUGAAACGUGACCAGUUUGGGGAAACAGGACCUAGGCAUUCAUCUAGACCCUCCCCGUCAAGUUGCCUCCAGUGCCUGGCUCACCCAGCCCAUCUCGGCGCUGACUCAUGUGAGCAGCCCCUUCCUCUGUAAAGAUGUGCUUUGCUGUGAUGGGCUGAUUUUCCUGUGAUGGGCUGAUGCUCAGCCCCCGGUGAACGCAGGCUGGGGACAGCAGGCUGCGCCCUGUUCCUCCAGGCCCAGCUCUUCCCAUCUCAGGCUGCUCCUCGGUGCCACCGUGGUCUUCUAGACCUUUCGUUCAAGUCCCUUGUCCCCUUCCCCCAUGUCUGCCUCAGCCACUAGGAUGUCAGCUAGGGUGGAGAACAGAGCCUUUCGGCAGUGGUUCCUGGUUCCCGCUGCGCAUUUGGCCCCCGGGUGAGAAAUACGGGCCCUCAGCGGGCCUCCACCACACACCCGCACACACAUGGCCUCCUUGUACUGCCUUUCGUUUCUAUUUUGCACUUUCCAUCUGUGCCACCAAGUCUCACCGGCCAGCUCGUGCUAGGCCCUGCCAAUGGCGCCCUCACCCCAUCUCACACCGCAGGCCUCCCCACUGCCUGCUGGUCUGUCGGGAAGACCUGUCCAAGGAAGGGUCUCCCUGGGCCUGAGCGCAGGCCGGGCUAGCACUGGACAGACAUGUGACACCUGUCCUCCUGAGCCUCGUCCGCAGCAUGGUCCCCAUCUCUGCACCUGACAUAGCGCCUUCUCAAAAGCAGAGCCAUCGAGUCUUCUGAAACCCUUGGGUGGCUGGAGAAAAGCCACAGUGGCCGAGGACCCCACGCGCCUGAAGAGUUUGGGUCCAGGGUUCGUGAACCUGGCUUGUGUUUGUCCGCUGACAGGCAAGCUCUUGUUUCCACCUUGAUCUUACAGUUACUCAGGAGCUUGUCUCCUUCCCACCCCCUCCUAGAAAGUUCUUUUUGGUCUUGGGGAAGAAAGGGUGAUUUUAACCCCCCAGAUUUCAGCUCGAUUCAUGCGUUUUUCUCGACUUCGUUCAGAAGCUCUCUGUUCCAGUCGCUUCCCUCAUCUUCUCAGUCUGGCUGGACCCCAGAGUCUUGUGCACCCCGUCUUUAUCCUCCUCUGCGCUCCAGCUUCCAAGCUCUGGGGGUCAUCAGGAGCUGCCCAUCACGUCCUCCCCACCAUCCCCCCCUCAGACCAUCUCCCCAGCGGUCAGCUAAGGGCACCUCGCCCUCCAAGUCCGAUGAAGCGUCUUUCUGAGGAAAAGGAGCCCCUGGAAGGAAGAGUGUGGAGGUCAUGGAGGGGGUGAGGCUGUUUUCCAGGGGGCGGGUGAUAGCACGUGCCCCCACCCCAAAGGCCAGGAAACAGAAGGGACUUAGAGCAGCACAGGGAGGAGGUGGCGGGAGCGGGGAUCUGUGCUGGCAGCCUUGUCACACCUCAUCACAGAUGUGGCCAAGGACGGUGGUGGCCUCUCCCCGCCCCGCCGAGGAACCUGCAGGGACAGGCAUGUCAUGUCUGAGAGGCAGCAACGGCCAGGGAAGGGCAACCUGGUGUCCACCCUCCAGGUGCCCAGGCCAGGCUCUGGUCUGCGGCGAGCACUAGCACAGACCCGAAGGGAAAUGGGGACACAGGGCCUGUUUGACCCUCGUGUCUGCAGCUUCUUUCCAUGGAAACGUCUGUGGUGACUGCCCACCUUGGCCGGGACGGUAGAGGGGCCGAGACCCCGAGAUCUGCUUCAGAAGAAGAAAAAAUAAAAUUCCACUCCAGCUUAUUUCCCAGCCGAACCACCCUCCCCGGACGUGUGUGGUGUCUGCCCCCGCCGCCCCCUCCUCUGCGGACCCCCUUCCCACACGUGGGCCGUGGGCCCUGAAGGCAGGCGGAGGGCACGGGGAGGGGCGACCUGAGGUCACCCUGGGAAGCCAGUGUCCAGCUUUCCCAGCGGCUGUACCGUCAGGGGGACCUCCCUCCCUCUCCCGGUGCCCCCCCACCCCCACCCCCAUUUUCCCUCCUCCCCCAGUUGGGUGAGGGGGGGUGCCCUGCGAGCCGAUUCUGACAUUGUUUCUUUGUGUCUUAAUUUAUUUUAUUUAUUUUUGUGUCAAAGCAACAAAGCGCUGCCUUGUGGGGCCAGAGAGCAAACUAUCAGGUAAAUGGGUUUUGCCAGGCUUCCUGUUGUUGGGGAGAUGCUUGAGGCACGCCCGUGCACACGUCUACACACACUCAUGUACACACGCACUCACCUGCACACGCGCUUACGUGCACACACACGUGCACACACCUGACAGGGGCAGAUGCUGGCCCUCCCAGGCUGAUCCUCCUCUUAGAAGGCUGAGCACUGGCUGCAGAGAGAAGCAGGGGUUCCCCCACCCCGGGAAAAGGUGCCCAUUGGAGUGACUAUAAACUAAAUGUCGUUGCCCUUCUAGAACAUUCCACCACUCCUAAAAUCGAAGUUUUCCUGCCGUGAACUCAGGAGACUUGGUCCACAGCCAAGGGGUGGGUGGGGGGUACCCGGGGGCCGCCUGGAGUGUCAGCAGAGCCCCCUCCUGGAUGGUUGCCCCAGGACAUGCGGGAGGUACUAUGAGGCUGAGGUGGGCCAAUGGCUGGAGCCUCAGGGCAGAGCCCGAGGCAGCAUUGUCCCCAGAGGCUCCCUUUCUGUGGGAAAUCAGGGACAUCCGGGCCCUAGCUCGGUUCACCAGGUGACUGAGGAGAGUUCAGGCGAGCCCGCGGCCUGCAGCCCUUUGUGAGGCGUUCAGGUCCCCAUUUCAGAACAAGUGGCCUAGCUGGGAUCCGGCUCUCAGAAAGGCACCGGGACACUGAGCCCACGUGAAUUAACAAGUUUGCCACCUGGGAUCGCUUGUGCGUGAGAAACAGUUUCCUCCAAGGUCACAUCAGAGCAGCUGUGGGGUAGAGGCUGUUUGUGUUGGGGAGUCGUGUCUGCAGGUCAUGUCUGGGCACAGUGGUGCCUGCUCACCACGCGGCCCUGAGGCUCCCACGCCACCGUCCUCGGUGCCCUUGGGUCUGUGGGCCGGGAUGAGGGAGACGGGGUCUGGCCUCUGUCACCCACUCCAGCUCCUGCGGGUCCUGCUUCCAGGAGCGGGGCCGGCCAGGGGAAGCUCCUGUGCAUAGAUGGGUCCCAGCAGGCAAGCUCCCCGCCCAACACCUCCACCGUGGAGAAGCCACGCCAAGGCUUGAAAGGGAAACAGAACCUGGGACUCGAGGGAGAUGGCUUGUAAACAAACAGCCCAGUGCCACGGUCUCCCUCACGAGGUGGCCCUGAGCCCCAGACGUGAGGCCCUGGGGGGCCUGCCUGUAUCGAGUGCAUCCCCCCACCCUCAGAAUCCGGCCUUGACCUCCCACCCGAUGACCUGCUUCCUGCCUUUCCCCCUCCGCAUCCCUUUAUUCUGGAGCCCUGUGCAAGGAAGCUCUGCUCCGAGGCUGAGAUGUCCAAGGUGAGCAGGUUUGGACCAGUCUGUGAUGUGGCAGCGAGAACCACCCAUGGAAAACAUGUCCACUGAGGGUGAGGGUGGCAGGCUCCCGCUGGUGAAGCACCAGGCACUUCUUUCCUGUUUUAUGUGGAUGCCCCUCGAGCCGCCCAGCCGAGGUCCUCCAUGCGGGAGGGUCCAGACACAGCCCCUCUGCUCCUCUCGUCACGGCUCAGAGUCCCCUCAAAUCCCCCCACUCACAGAAUCACACUGGUUCUCAGACAGUCGGCACCCCCCCCACCACGCCCCCCACACCUCCCUGCGGGCCCUCUCAUGUUGUAAAUACUGUUGUACAGUUUGUAACAUCGUCACCUGAGUCAGUGGCCUCGCCCAUGUCCCUUCUCACUUCGAGAAAGGCCAGGGCGUCGAGAAGAGCUUCAGGGCCAUCUCUGUGAGACGCUGUGUAUAUUCCUGUAAGAUUGCAUUUUUAUCUAAGGAAUGAUGUUAUUUAAAAAACAAAAAAACAAAAAAAAACAAAAAACAAGAAUUGCAAAUAAAUUUCUUAACAAUGUC